CCAUCAGUAAUUUGACAGUCCACGGCAUAAGGGUGGGGGGGUGUGGUGUGCGCCAUAUUGGCUACUUGUGAUUUAGAAGGGACGAGUAAGAAAUAACCCAACUUUCCUUGUAUCUUUCUGCGUGAAAGAAAAUGUUGCCCUGGAGAAUUGCCCAUUGACUUUUACUACAUCGAUAUUAUCUUAGCGCGACUGCGGCUUCACGCCGAGAUCUUUCAUCUCCCGCACAAAAGAUAUUUCCUUUUACCUGGAAAAUGAGUUUCUUCGGUUUUGGUCAGUCUGCUGACAUAGAGAUUACAUUAGACGGUGCGGAAACCAGGAAAACUGCAGAUAUUAAAUCUGAAGAUGGCAAGAAGGAACGACACUUGUUGUAUUAUGAUGGUGAAACUGUGUCUGGCAAGAUUAAUAUCAGUUUAAGAAAAGCUGGUAAAUUGGAGCAUCAGGGUGUUAAAGUAGAAUUUAUUGGACAAAUUGAACUAUAUUAUGACAGAGGUAACCAUCAUGAAUUUACUAGUCUGGUGAAAGAAUUGGCAAGGCCGGGAGAAUUAACACAUAAUACAAUACACACAUUUGAAUUUCCGAAUGUUGAAAAACCAUUUGAGAGUUAUACUGGAUCUAACGUGCGACUAAGAUAUUUCUUGAAAGUGACAAUUGUACGAAGACUUAGUGAUAUUGUUAAAGAACUUGAAUUAGUUGUUCAUACGCUUAGUUCCUAUCCAGAUAUGAAUAAUCCCAUUAAGAUGGAAGUUGGAAUUGAAGACUGCCUGCAUAUUGAAUUUGAAUAUAAUAAAAGCAAAUAUCAUUUGAAAGAUGUAAUUGUUGGCAAAAUAUAUUUUCUUUUGGUUAGAAUUAAAAUAAAACAUAUGGAAAUAGCAAUUAUCAAACGUGAAACUACUGGUUCUGGUCCUCAUACAUUCACUGAGAAUGAAACUAUAGCAAAGUAUGAGAUCAUGGAUGGUGCACCUGUUCGAGGAGAAUCCAUUCCUAUAAGAGUAUUCCUUGCUGGGUAUGAUUUGGCACCUACAAUGCGCGACAUUAAUAAAAAGUUUAGUGUUAGAUAUUAUUUGAAUCUGGUUCUCAUGGACGAAGAAGAUCGUCGAUAUUUUAAACAGCAAGAAAUAACAUUAUGGAGAAAAGGUGAGAAGAGUAGAAAAUCGCAAACAGCUUCGCCGCAUAUGCCAUCACAUUUAGUAUCAGCUGAAACAGGGUUUCCGCAAGGUAUUGCUCAGAAUGGUCCACCGUCAGUAUCACCUAUUGCUCCUGAUCAACUGCCAACAAGUAAUAUUACGAAUGUGGAGGAUACUACAGCUCCGAUCGAGGGCAUGACACGAGAGGAAGGAGAUGGUGAAGGUGAGAAAGAAGAUGGUCCAGAAAGUGAUUAAGUUUCAGGAUAUAAUUUCAUUACUGCUCGGUUACAAUUCAGAUUAGGUAAACAAGGUCAGAUAUGGCCGAAAUACAAAGAAUAUAAUGUGAAAGAAUUAAUUUAGUACAGAAAAGGAAGGAGAAAUAUUUCCUUUAUUGCGCCGGGAAAUUUGUUUUUAACAAGAAAAACAGCGAGACGUUUAAAAACUUUCUAGUAAAAUUGUAAAUAUUUGGAACACACACGCACACACAUACACACACCCACACACACACGCACGCGCACGCGCGCGCGCAUACAACAUAUAUACACAAUUGAAAGAGCCAACGCGAUUUGUAACUCUAAUUGAUUAUUGAACAAAUUAUAAUAGGAGAAGAAAAAGAUUGAACCAUGAAAAAAUAUGGUUCCAAAAUUGUUCAGCAAGUUAUAUGUUGUUAAGUACGAGUAUAAUGUCAACCAGUAUAAAUAUUCCUGAAUGGAGAAUUUACUAAUCAAAUACUAACCAAUAGUAUAUUUUGCAAAACAUCUGGUGUUACCGUAUUCUAAAUGUUUUAUACAGGCAAUGCUCAUUUUAUAAUUCUGAUACAGAAGUCCCUCAUACAGUAGUGUCAUGUGCUACACAAAGAUUUUAUAAAUAUUAAACAGAUAUAUAUACUUAUAAAGGCUGCCCCAUAUUAAUCCAUUCAAUCAGUCUAUAAAUAACGAUUAAGAGCAUGAGAAAGCUACGCUUAUGUAAAAAUAGGGGAAGCAUUUUUUAAAUAAUUUAUAAUGUAAACACAAAAAACACCUUGAGCAAAAAAAAUUACACUUUUAUUUAGAAUUAAUUUGUAUGUGUAUAUAUAUAUAUAUAUAUUAUACAGGGAGGUCUACAUAGCUCUUAACAGUUGAAUAUUUCGGAAACUAUUUGUCAAAUCAAAAAGUUGUUCACGAGAAAGUUUUAUGUAUUCGAGGGGCCUUUCUAACUGCAUAAAUAUUAAGUUACUCCCUGCCCUCCUUAAAGGGGGGCAGGAGGUAACUUCGCAAUUUCAAAUGGGAUCCCCUAUAAAAUGUUAGAUGGUUGGGCUCUACGGUAAAAAACAAGUUAAUUUUGUCUAAAAUGUU